AUGAAGCGUUUCAACAAAUCUGUUGAACCAUUUUUGUCAGCAAACUACAAUAUCUCAGAGGACGUUUUCAACUGGUGGAAGCGCUUACAGCGUGCAAAGGGCAACUUCAGUACCUUCAGAGGAAAAGUGGACAGGCUGUUUCUGACAGUGCCACCCAGUCCAGAUGUUCUAGAAUCCAGCCCUGACCGCUGCAGGACUUGUGCUGUGGUGGGGAAUUCUGGUAAUUUGAGGAGAUCACAUUAUGGACCUCUCAUAGAUUUCCACAAUGUCAUCAUAAGAGUGAACGCUGGUCAAAUCAAAGGCUUUGAAGCAGAUGUUGGGACCAGAACAACUCAUCAUGUCAUGUAUCCAGAGAGUUCUGUGGAUUUAGAUAACACCACUCAUCUUGUGCUGGCUCCAUUUAAGAUGGUUGACUUUGACUGGCUCACAGGAGCCCUCACCACAGGAUUUAAGUCAAUACCACGUUGGGGUGUAAGAUCAAAAAUCAAAGCUAACAAGGAUUUGGUGAUGGUCCUUAAUCCAGCUUUUAUGAGGUAUGUUCAUGACAGGUGGCUGGAAAAGAAAGGUUAUUACCCCUCCACUGGCUUUCUGGCUUUGGUUCUUGCCCUGCAUAUGUGUGAUGAGGUCAGUGUGUUUGGUUAUGGAGCAGACAGUGAUGGAAACUGGAGUCAUUACUGGGAAAAACUCAUAAACAAAGACUUAAAAACUGGGCCACAUCCUGGAGAUACAGAGUAUAGAAUGAUCCAGGAGCUAAAUGAGCAACAGAAACUCAAGUUUUAUACAGGGUUCUGAGGUUUUUCUCAGCAUUUAAAGGAAGGUUAGUAGUAGGUAACAGUAGAAGACUUACAAUUCUGAUCAAGUCGCCUCUUUUUCACAUUCAUUUGAAAACAUUAUGGUAGGAACGGGUUGCUGGGACAGUA